GUAAAUACUGCAAGAUUCACGACUGAGUUUUCUUUGAAUCAUGUUUAGCAGCUGCCAAACCAUUUUGGUAUUAUUUAUCAUUAUUCUUCCAUCAAUUCUUGGCCGUCAUGCACACAAUCGAAAGAUUUGGAAUGGUGUUCAAGCCCAGAACUGCCAAUUUCCUUGGUUGGCUGUAUUGAAUAUAAAAACUGAAGAGAGUACCAGCUUGUGCGGAGGAACUAUUAUUGAUUCCAAACAUAUUCUUACAGCACAACACUGUUUGACUGGCAAUGUCGUAUCAGUGGAUGUUGGAGUGGGAAACAACGAUCGAACGAUGAUGCCAGUCCAUAUGUCAGUACCACCAGCAGCAAUUCAGAGAACGGCCAACUUUUCUAAAAAGAGAUUCCACAAUGAUGUUGCACUGUUGACAUUGCCACAUGCUCUUUCCUUCACACGUUGUAUCCAUCCUCUGCCGCUUGCUUCAGCGCAAGAUGACUUUCAACCAACAUGCGUCAUUGCUGGAUGGGGGAAAACGCAAAACGGCAAGUAUCCCGACCGGCUCCAGUACGGUAAAGUUCAGUGGUAUCCUACAUCGUUUUGUCAAAAUAUGUUCGGUGGUUUAACCUCAUCGCAGUUCUGUGCUGGGUCAGCUUCGAAUAACAUUGAAGCAUGUCACGGAGAUUCUGGAACCCCUUUGAUGUGCCGGCGACAUUCGGAUAAUGCUUUGGUUGUAGCGGGGAUUACUUCGUUUGGGUACAAUGAUUGCCAAAAUGGUGUAGCUGUAUAUACCAAAGUUGCUGAUUACCUUUCGUGGAUCAACUAUAUGAGAAAUUAUCCGAACGAGACGCCAAUUCAACCUGUAACUUGUCCCACACAACAGCAAAUCAGAAACGGUGAACGUGACGAAGAUCGGGACGACGAUUAUUAUCGGGACGACGAUUAUUAUCACAAUGCAGAAGAUGAUGAAGAUGAUGCUGACGAACUGGGAGAAAAGUAUGCACAUUAUUCUGAUUAUCCUUUCUAUAGAAUGCAUUAUAACCAAAUAGGACACGAUGUUUAUAAUUUCAUGCACUCCUUUAUCAAAGGAGCCCACAUGAACAAUAAAUAAAGCACGUGAUGCUUCAAAUAA